AAAAGUUGAUAGCAUAUCAACGGGAAUUUCAUGCUUUGAAGGAACGUCUUCGUAUAGCUGAGCAUCGCACUCUGCAACGCUCUUCUGAGCUGAACGCUAUCUUGGAGCAGUUCAGGCGUGCAGUAGCAGAAACAAAUGGGAGUAAGAAUGCAAUGAAUAAUUUUUCAGAUGAGACGCUGAAAUUGUUAAAAGAGUUAACAAGUAGAAAAUCUCUUCAAGUGCCAAAUAUCUAUUACCAUUUGCCUCAUUUGUUGAAAAAUGAAGGAAGCCUUCAACCUUCUGUGCAGAUUGGCCUUGGAAGGACAGGAGUUUCUAUUGUAAUGGGAAUACCUACAGUGAAAAGAAAAGUCAAGUCUUACCUUACAGAAACUCUCCACUCCCUUAUUGAUAAGUUGUCCCCUGAAGAAAAGCUGGAUUGUGUUAUGGUUGUCUUUAUAGGAGAGACUGAUCUUGAUUAUGUUAACAGUGUUGUUGCAAGCCUGGAAAAAGAGUUUUCUACAGAGAUCAAUUCUGGCUUGGUGGAAGUAAUAGCCCCUCCUGCAACUUACUAUCCUGACUUGACAAACUUGAAAGAGACAUUUGGAGACUCAAAAGAGAGAGUGAGAUGGAGAACAAAACAAAACUUGGAUUAUUGUUUUCUUAUGAUGUAUGCCCAGAAAAAGGGGGUUUAUUACAUUCAGCUUGAAGAUGACAUCGUUGUCAAGCAGAAUUAUUUCAGCACAAUAAAAAAUUUUGCACUUCAGCUCGCUUCUGAAGAUUGGAUGAUUCUAGAAUUUUCUCAGCUGGGUUUCAUUGGUAAAAUGUUCCAGUCUCCAGAUAUCACUCUUAUUGUAGAGUUCAUAUUUAUGUUUUAUAAGGAGAAACCUAUUGAUUGGCUCCUGGACCAUAUCCUCUGGGUGAAAGUGUGUAACCCUGAGAAAGAUGCUAAACAUUGUGAUCGACAGAAAUCUAACCUGCGGAUACGCUUCAGGCCUUCCCUUUUCCAGCAUGUUGGCCUCCAUUCCUCUCUAGCAGGGAAGAUCCAGAAACUCACAGAUAAAGACUUCCUGAAACCAUUACUGCAUAAAAUCCAUGUGAAUCCCCCUGCAGAGGUUUCGACAUCUUUAAAAGUCUACCAAGGGCAUACGCUAGAAAAAACCUACGUAGGGGAAGAUUUUUUCUGGGCUGUCACACCAGUUGCUGGGGAUUAUAUUCUAUUUAAAUUUGACAAGCCAGUCAAUGUAGAAAGGUUAUUUUUUAGUGGAAGUAUUGACCACAACUCUGACUGA